CCGAGGCGGGAGUCCUCCUUUCCCCCGAUGGGCCACUGGAGCAGCCGCCGCCUUGCGCCCUGAAGUGCCCCAGCCGGGCGGGGAAGCCGCGGAGCAGCGAUCGCCGCCCCAGCAGGAUGGCUUGCACAGUUUCUUCUUUUGGAGUUCUGCUACUUUUGCUUGGACUCCUGCUUCCCACAGCAGAGGGGGGCAAGAGGAACCGUGGGUCACAAGGAGCCAUCCCUCCUCCUGACAAAGACCAGCCCAAUGAUUCAGAACAAAUGCAGAAGAAGCCAGGCUCCAGACCCCGGGACAGGGACCGGAUCAAAACACCAUCUGCUGAAGAAGUGCUGGAAUCGAGCCAAGAGGCGCUGCAUGUCACAGAACGCAGGUACCUGAAACGGGACUGGUGCAAAACUCAACCGCUCAAGCAAACUAUCCAUGAAGAUGGCUGCAAGAGCAAGACCAUCAUCAACAGAUUCUGUUAUGGCCAGUGCAAUUCUUUCUACAUCCCAAGGCAUGUCCGCAAAGAGGAAGGCUCUUUCCAGUCCUGUUCCUUUUGCAAGCCAAAGAAAUUCACUACCAUGUCAGUGACACUGAACUGCCCAGAACUUCAGCCCCCCAGCAGGAAGAAGAGGAUCACGCGAGUAAAAGAAUGCCGCUGCAUAUCCAUAGCCUUGGACUAAGAGGUGCCAUGUCACCUCUUGAAGAGCAAGUGCCUGUUACAGUACAAAGUGGGGACACAAACCAAAGAGAACCACAGUCAAUCAAUGUAUGUUACCUGAGUGCAAUUAUGUCCUUAUACAUCCUUUGAAAGCAUGCUAUGGAAUGACACAACUACUUAUUCCUGCAACCUUGUUCCUAGGUUCAGUAUCUCACUAAUUCACUCUUAUGUCAGGAUUCUUGCGCUUAUGGCUUUGGUUGUUUGUUUUCUAUGCCAUUGAUAAUUUGAAUUGCCUUUUGAAAGGGAGGGCAUUAAUAUGUUCUAGAUAUUGAAAAUAUCUUCCCAAAAAUGCUAUAGAAUUUACAGAAACUGCAGAGUAUACUGAAUUACAUUAUAAUGAAAAAAUAGGGCCAUUAGUAGAAAGAGUGAUUGGAAAACACAGCCAUGCUCAGGGGAGAGGGGAUAAAAGAAAGAAGAAUAUUAAAAACUAAUAUCCAAGAGCAGAAAUGUGAGAGAGUGGAAAGACAGAGGUAAAUGAAGAGAAUAAUACAAUAAAUGGGAAGCACUACACAUCAUCACUUUAUUGAUGCUUGUGGAUGUAUUUAAUAUAAUUCUUAACUACAAUCUUGCUAUAUUCUGUGAAACUAACUGUAAUAAUUUGUUUGACAUUUUGCUUUUAUUGUGGCUACACAUAUACUUGUAAUGCUUGUCUACAGCUAGGUGUGUCUAUAUGUGUGCAUACAUUGUCUCAAUGUAUACCAGUUCAAAGUAAUGCAGCAAACAAUGAGGAAAUGGAAAAAAUUAAAACAAACUAUAGAAUUUCAAAUGCUGUAACUGUGUGAAGGGAAAGUGCACACCCUAUAAUUAACAGGAUGAUCAUGUCAGCACUGCUGCAGGCAUGCAGUCUGGAGGGGGACAAGAAAGAGGAAGACGUAACUUUGCCAAGGUAAAUCCAUAGAAAUGUGGACUAUAAAAAAAUCACCAUAGGCUGUAAUUUGGAAUAAGGUACAGUGAUAGUAUGUAAAGGGUCCACUGCUUCCCAAAUGUGACCAAGUAGUGUAGGAUCUCUGCAUGUUGGGAUUUUGAUGAAUACCCCUUGUUGAAAUCAAGCUCGUGGAAAUUCUCAGGAGACCCCAGCGAUGUCCAAGAAAAAAUGGUGAGAACAUCUGCUUCCUUAGUUUUCUUUUUCAUAAUCUUUAAAGAGAUCUGCUUACUCUGGUCCCUUCACUUGUUUCAUUCCAAAAAUGUAAUAUGCUUGAAGUGUGUUAGGGACCCUGUCAGAAAGGAUGGGCACUAAUUUCUUCCUCCUCAGCAACACAUUUAUUUGAGGCUUUCAUCCAAAAUGAGGUUAUUUACAAUUGAUUGCUUUUAUUUCAUAUAAAGGACCCUCACAGAUUAAAUCCUGCCAUAGUCUGGAGUUUAGGAUGUUCUGCCUGGCUUUCCCCUGCACCUGUUUCUCAUUGACCAAAGCAGUUAUCUGUCCUCCUGUGUUUUCUGGAGCAGGAAAUCACAACUACAACCCAUUUACUUAGCAAACUAACAGUUUAACUGCCAACUGCAUGGAAAUGUGGGAGGCCCAAGGUGCCAUUGCUCAAUACUUCUAACAGGCAAUGUUCUACAGAUAUGUUCAAUACUUCUAACAGACAAUUAGGAAAGAGGAGAGCACAGGCAUGCUAAUUAUUUGUAUGUCCUUUGAAAAAGUGCCAAAAAUAUGUCUGGCAUAGUAUAAUCAUUGAGGCCAUUCCUCAAUAGUAUAAGCAUUGAGGCAGCCACACACAUAAAAGAAAUAAUAGUUUCACAGUUACUGCUUUUUCUAUAGCGUGGCUCCAGUCCUGUGCUAGUCUUGUCCAACAUUCAAGGUCUUGGAUGGGAAUACACAUUUCCAUAUAUAGAAAAUCUUCCUCCAGUCAGCUGGGAUUUGGAUGAAAAUCAUAAUGCCUCCUGCCAUCUUGCAUGAAAUCUGCCUUCUCUGUGCAGGUCAUUUUUACCUGAUGGAGUGAAUGUCUUUACUGCACUUUGUCUAUGCCCAGUAGGAGUCAACAAGUUUUCUCCUUCCUGUUAAUACCACCCACUGCUUCACCUUAACUAAAUGGUUUCAGACUUCAUUUCUUUGCAGGUUAUUUUUUAAAACCUGAUUUCUGAGUUACAGGAGAUAAUUUCCACUGUGUGGAAUGUGAAUAGUUAAGCAGAAAGAUAUUUAAUGGUAUUCCAUUUGCAUAUUAUCAGAGGGGUUUCCUCUAACUUUUUUUUUCCAGAAUAGGCUAAAAAAACCCUUUCUUUGAGCUGUUGAGAGGUUUAUGCUAGUUCUUGCUUCUCUUCCUCUAUUUGGUACACAGCACACAAAGCAGUAUAAACCUCAGGGUUUUUAAAAUUUAACUUUCAUACAGGAUAUACUUUUGAAGCAAGGCUUGUAUAUAAUGGGGGGAACAUUGGUUAUCUAUGCAAAAAUAAUCAAAUAAUGCCUUCAGACAAAAAAGGUAGAUUAAAAAAAAAAUAGAGGCCUUUUUGAAUGGAUUUUUUAAGAGAAAAAAGCCCUCUGAUCUACAAAGAAUUUGAUUUUAAGCCUAUGUAUUUGAAUGCCUGAAUUUUUUCUUUAAGAAACCAAAGUCAUUAUGUGUUCUUGUAGAGAUCCACAAUGCAAAAAUUCAUUUAAAAAUAAACAUUUGAUUUGUAAUUGAA